AUGUCGGUCAUCAGUCUUUUUAUAGCUGUAUCCUAUCUCGCCAUUACCGUCAAUGGGGCGGCAUAUGUUGGAUGUUUCAAUCGGACAGUCAUUCACCCAUUCCCAUCUAUUCAGAUUCCCUUUGAUCCAACGGCGACUAGGUGCUCGGAUCUAUGUCAACAAUAUCCAGUCACCUACGCGAUUUACUGGGCUCAGAAUUCCACUCCCGCGUCAGAAUGGAUUUGUCAAUGUUCUCAAAGCUCACCAAAUGGUACUGAACUUCAUCCCGCUUUCUUCUCUGAGGGAUGUAAUUUCCCAUGGGUCUCGGUGGAUGUGAUCCGACCUGCAGGCGACUUCAGAUGCGCAGGCUGCUGGAUCUUACCACCAGGGGUUACACCCUGGACCAUCGUCGCCACAUUCGAAGACUGUUUCGAGAGAUGUGUUUCGACUCCCCUCGCCUAUGCUCAAUAUGUCGGUGAGACCGCUCAAUGCAUAUGCACCUCCAGCUAUCCACCUGUGGAUCUUCCUCUGGAAUGCGGUCAGAACACUCCAUUCCUCUAUGUACACGAUGUGAUGCCUAGUGGAUUCGUUAAACGUCAAGCGAAAAAAAUUCAUGGAGCUAAGCCAAGAUCGCUUGCGUGGGCUAUAGUGCAUCGAUGUGGAUAA